GGCAGUAAAGUCCAAACUGGACAGACCUCCGCACCCGGAAAAGCUUUCAGAGCUGCUGAACGUGUUUUUACACUGAGGUUAGCUUCAGCUACCUUAAUAUAAACUCUGAACUGUCUUUGUCUGCGUUUCUUUUGAACAAAAUGUCUUCGAAAAUCCGGGAUAACGACGACAAUUUUGAAGGACAGUGUGCACUUAAAGAGGAACUGAACAAAAAGAUCAAGGAGCAGAAGGUUGUAGUGGACGAGCUCUCCAAUCUGAAGAAAAACAGGAAAGUCUACAUCCAGCAGAGGAACAGUAACAUAUUCUUCUUAGCAGACAGAGGUCAGGCACUGGGUUCAUGCAAAAAGGAACUGGAUAACAUGAAAAAGGAACUGCAGGAUAUGUAAGACUGACCUUCACCACAACAAUGUGUGGCAUCUUUUGUAUGUUGAGUCUGUCACCCACUCAGUUUGAGUGGGACAAAACAGUUAAUGAACAUUUAAAGAGAAG